AUGCAGACAGGAGCAACAACCGUUCUCAAAUUUCUACCGUCUAUUCUCAGGAUCGCUAAAACGAUUUAUGAAAUCACCAAACAAGUGACAGCUAACAAAAAUCAAUGUAAACGCUUGAGCGAACGAGUUAAGUGUAUCGUUGACAUUCUCCAAGAUGAUUCGAUUGAUAAAUCGGACUCACCAUCGAUGGAACGAGCAUUGAAAAACUUAAAAGGAACAUUGAAAGAUAGCGCCAAGUUUAUCGAAAAAUUUGCUGAUGCGUCGAUCGUUAGUCGUUUUUUACAUAAUUCUGAUCAUCAACAAACGUUCGAAGAACUUACUACACGAUUAUCAAACAAUGCAAUUGAUCUCAAUUUAGCUUUGAAUAUCAGUGCCAUCUUUGACCAACAACAAGAUGUAUACGAUCGACGAGCCGAUCUUGCAGAAAUCUCGUCGAAACUGGACGAAAUUGCCUCCGAAAUGGCUCGCCAGCAGAAUGAACUACUCAAACAGAAUAAAAAUAUGAAAGACGAAUUUAAACGACGAUUUGAUUCAUUCAAGUAUAGCCUUCGACAAGAUAUUCUGAAAGCUGAACGAGGUGUGGAAGCAAAAGAAAUGGAAGAAGAAUUCAAACUUUUCCUGCAUAUUCCGUAUCAUGAUCUAAUCUGUGAAAAGCUCAUUGGUCAAGGAGGAUUCGCCGAUGUUUAUAAAGGCAUGUGGCUCAGCCAACACCAUCAAGUCGCGAUCAAGCAAAUCCGUAUGACAGAUCUUACGGAAAACGUCAAGCAGACUGUUCUGCAUGAAAUAGCAACAAUGUAUAAAAUUCGUUAUAAUCACGUCCUUGGUGUUCUCGGAGCAUGUAUAGAGCCAAACUGUUAUGCUUUAGUUGUAGAAUACAUGUCUCUCGGAUCGUUAUUUGACGUUUUGAAGAACAAUAAGCAUAUUCAAUCGUGGCGAGAUCGAUGGUCGAUUGCGUUACAAAUGACGAAAGGAGUGAAUUAUCUGCAUUCGAUAUCGAUUGUACAUUGUGACAUCAAAUCGUUGAAUUUUCUUAUGGAUCAAGUAAUUGAUGGUUAUCUUGUUAAGAUCAGCGACUUCGGCCUGGCAAAAAUACGACAAGAAACAAGUCGACAAACGAAAGAGCGGGCUGAACAAGUAGUCUCAUCAGGUACACUUCAGUGGAAAGCACCGGAAUUGUUAAAAUUCGGGAAACCAUCGAAGGCUAGUGAUAUCUAUAGUUUGGGCAUUACCUACUGGGAAUUAGCGACGCGAUCGGAACCCUACGAAGAUUUAGAUGAAGCAGUUAUAUGUCAAGGCGUGAAGUCCGGAGAACGACUUGACAUACCUGAAGAUAUACCACCGGCUUUUACAUCAAUUAUUACCAGUUCAUGGAGUCAAGAACCAAAAAAACGACCCACCGCCGAAGAACUCAUAAAAGAAAUUACGAAAAUGACAUCGGAUACAGUAGAGCAGUCAGCACCAUCAAACGUUUCAGCAGCAACAGCCAAUGUAAUCACUCCGGAAUUGUCUCCGAACAAUCCGGAAUCGAAAUUGGAAGACUUGAUCAAUCAGUUUAAACUCGGUUCAACAGUUAAUCUAAAUGAUCAACAGAUAACAGACUUAGAUAUGCCACUCGUUGCUCAACAAGCCAUCGUGAAGAAGAAAUGCACUAGUCUUUGGAUAGAACGUAAUCAGAUCACAUUGAACGGUGCUUCCGUUCUCGCUGACGCACUUUACAAUAACUUGACUUUGUCCGAACUCUGGUUGUUCAGCAAUCAGAUUUCUGACACAGGUGUUAAAUAUCUUUCCAGGGCACUUGCAGCGAAUCAAACUCUCAGAAAGCUCGGUCUCGCCGCAAAUAACAUCACAAAUGCGGGCGCAGAAUAUCUCGCUACUCUACUACAAACAAAUCACACGAUAACUAUGUUAGGAUUGGCUAAGAAUAAGAUUGGCAAUCAAGGUGUACAGUCUUUAGCAAAAGUGAUUGCAAAACAGAAGAGCGGUCUGCAAACACUAACUCUUGAUCGUAAUGAGUUCAUAAGUGAUUCAAGUAUCGAAUCCCUUAUCGACAUGAUCAAACGUAGUCAAUCAUUGCAAGUACUAUGGAUCAACGAUUGUGGCCUGACAAACGAUGGCAAACGAAAACUACGGGAUAAAACGGCAUCGAAAAAAGAGUUUAAAUUAGUCACUACCUAUGAAUACUCUUCGUAG